CGCUUUACUUCAGACUUUGGCCCGCGACAAAUGCACCGUGUCGGACCCGUACUUUGCCAUGUGACAAGUUUGGCGCUUUCAAGCUGAGUGUUUGGCUCUGGCAUCAAAUGGCGGUCACAUGGUCUUGCAAGCUGUGCAUGCAGAGGAAUUCCAUGGACUCUGAUCAGUGCAUUACAUGCGGUCGCCGUGCGGAUUGGAAGCCCCGAUCAGAGGGGGAGAUGGAAGUGUACAGGCGCAAAGAUGUUGCCGUGCAGCGGGCUGUUCGCCCUGCUCGAGAAGAUGCUGAUGUCCCGAGGUCUGAUGCUAUCCAAUCUGCGCUUUCGAUAUUAUUGCAGAUUCUGAUGACCAUGAUGUGUCCAGUGCGAUUUCUGCGGAUGGACGAGCAACUCAGGGUUCAGCACCUCACUACCAUUACUGUCGUUAAUGGUCCUGGCUUGGUUUGGAUCAAUCCAUUCAAGUCCUACCACAUUACAAAGGCCGUCACCCUUGGUGUUCUAGACUACGUGAGGGUACGCGAUACCAUGGACGGUUCUGAACGCGCAGUGCGUGGCCCGAGGUUGUUUUUCCUGGGCCCGUAUGAGAAGCUAGAAGGUGCUGGUCAAGGGGUGAGCUUGACCAGCAUGCAGUAUGUCCUGAUACAGGACAAGCAGACAGGUGAGAGAAAGGUGCAGCGGGGCCCUUUGAUUUGGAUCCCUGGGCCCAGAGAAGAAGGAAAGGUCAUGAAUGGUGUCCGUCUCAACAGUACCGAGUAUGUGUCUGUCGAAGAUUCACUCACUGGAGCACGCAGGGUGGAGAAGGGCCCGUGCAUUUGGUUUCCAGGACCUUAUGAGGAAUGGGAGCAAGGAAGUGGAGUUUGGCUGAGCAGCACGGAGUUCGUUACGGUACAGAACACCCUAUCUGGUGACAAGAGAGUUGACAAGGGCCCAUGCGUGUGGUUUCCUGGCCCAUAUGACCAGUGGACGAAGGGUGCCAGCGCGAGUCUGACCUGCACCCAGCAGCUCCACCAAAGCGUCAUUCGUUUGCCACGACGUUUGGCUGUCUCACUGCGUACUUUAGCAGCCAUAUCCGUCAGCAAAAGGCAGUUGGCGCUAAGGUAUAUCACUGUUGUCAACAAGCUAACUGGAGCGUCAAGCAUGGUGAAAGGCCCUUGUAUUUGGUUUCCAGGGCCUUAUGACUCUGCCUCAGCUGUCAAAGAAGCCAUUGUACUGCAGGAUGACGAGUAUGUAAAACUCAAAGAUAUCUCCACUGGAACGCGAUGGGUUCAUAGGGGCAAAGGCUUGCUCUUUCUGGAGCCGACGUGGCGGAUCGAGAAUUCGAUGUCUUCCUCGGGGGUUCAGAAGUCUUGGGGUCUGCGUGGACGUGAAUUCUUCAGGCUGCAAGUCGCUCCGCAUUUGCGGGUGACCAAGAGCUAGAGACUUGCCAGCCGCCACUUCGUGGGGACAGUCCCAUCAUGCAAAGACCAAAGGUCUGCAGCGUGACUGGGGAACCAUCGCGAAGCGAUCUCCAAUUCAUUAUAUAUGUUUAUAUAUCUUCACCGUGGCUUUUAUACCUGAAGACGGCGUUCAAAAGACCUUGUUGAAAUAAACUCUCAUUAUAUAACC